AGGGAAAAGAAGGGUGGGAGACAGAGGAGAAGCCGUAUUAGAAAGAGAAGCCAUGAGGCAGACUCCAACAAUCAGAAGCCUUCUCUUUUUCUUUGGGUUGUAUGGGAUCUGUUCAGGACUUCUACAAGAUGCAGACAACUGUACCAACUACAGACUCCAGUUUGAGAAUGUUUUCUCUGUUCCCGGGGAAAUGGCGAUGCUGAAGAGCACCUUGGUGUCUCCGGACGUCUUCGACUUCAACACCGUCCCUUACAACAUCACCUGGUUAGACUCCAAGACGGGUGAAGAGAUAAGCAACCAGACGGGUCGAGUCCUGGUGCGAGGGGAGACUCUGUGGUUUCUGAAAGUAACGCUGGACGACAGCGGAGAAUAUGUGACCAUACUGAGAACUCCUUCUCGGUGCUACAGACAGGCCACCAAGCUGGUUGUUGACCUUCCGUUUCCUGGAGAAUGUGGGAGGCCUCACAAAAGUCAGCAAAUACUCACAAAAGGCAUCAAUGAAAAACUGUCCUGUCCCCUGAAGAACUACAUCUAUAAACUGGACAGCUACAGUGUCAGCUCCUCCCUCACUUGGCACAGAGGUUGUGAGCCCAUACUGAAUGAAAUGGACAAAUAUAUCUACCUGUCCAGGACCAUGCUGCUGAUCAACAAUGUGGAUGCUAAAAACAACCACAACUACACCUGCACUCUGAACUUCACCCUCGCAGGCGUCACAGGAUCCGUGUCGGAGACGAUUAAUGCGUGGGUCAGAGAGGAGCACUCAAUGGUUCCACAAGUGCAUGAACCAACCAAUGGAACAAUCAGUGCACAGAUAGGAAGUAGUUUCAGCCAGUUGUGCAGUGUCUUUGUGCCGGGUGUUGGGUUGCCCUUCGUUGAUGUCUUUUGGUGUACCAAAUCUGAGAUAAUUCACAGCAUCGACCCUGCCGACCGCGUCUACACAACAAACCAACCUUUGAGGUACCAAGAUGGUCCCAUCAAAGGUGUGUGGUUGGAGGUUCUGCUGACGUUUUCUGAGCUGACGAAGGAAGAUUUCAACAUCAGCUUCACUUGUCAAGCGCAGAGUGGCCGUGGACAUCCUCAAGCAUAUUUUACUCUGGUACCAGCAGAUCCAAACAUCCUGAUUCCUAUUGGGUCCCUGUUUGGUUGUGUGAUGGUUUCCUUCAUCAUCAGUGUCAUCAUCUACUACAUGUUCAAGGUCGACAUCGUGCUGUGCUUCAGGAGAGUGUUUCCAGUCCUCUACACCAAUAAAGAUAUGGAUGGGAGGCUGUAUGACGCCUACGUGGCGUGCCUACAGCCCUGUGCCAUCGGAUUCAGCGAGGAGGUGGAGACGUUCACCCUCCACACUCUGCCCCGAGUGUUGGAAAAGGCCUGUGGCUACAAACUCUUCAUAGCAGGCCGUGACUGUGUCCCCGGGGAGGCCAUAGUGGACUCAGUGGAGGAGAACAUACAAGCCAGCCGGCGCCUCCUCCUGCUCUACACCGCCUCCACUUUCAGCAGCAAAAGACACACAAGCAGCACAAGCAGCCCGAGCAGCAACAAUAACAACCUCUCUAAGAACAACAACAGCGAAGACAACGUGAAAGUAAGACUGCAAGAGGGAGGCAUGAUGAGAAGGAAGAAGUUCCAUCCAGACACGAGGCAGCAUUUGGAGUUUCUGCUAGCAAUGCACAAACGCCUUCUCUCGGAGGGAUCGCUCAAGGUGGUUCUGGUUGAGUUGGAAGAGAUUACCUCAGCUCAGCUGGCUCUCUUCCCGGAGUCGGUGCGACACCUGAGGAAAAAGCAGGGUGCAGUGUGUUGGUGGAAGGAGCAAAGGAUGAGGCAAAGGAGGAGGACAUGUAUGACGAGGAGAGAGGAUGAGGAGAAGGGUGAACGGGACACACAGCUGUCACCGUCCUCCAGGUUUUGGAAGGAGAUCAGGUAUUAUAUGCCAGUGAGGGGCAAGAGGGCGGUCUACCCCGAGAGAACUGCCCUGUUGAACUUAUGAUGGGCUUACGAUAUGCUUCAGGAAUACUGUGUUGUCACCAUAAGCUGUGAGGUGAACAGCGGGACUUUCCUUCAGCUCAUGGACCUUUUCAAUUUGCACAUUUUGGAUGGUAAAACUUGUGCGGAGGAUUCCAGUCUGGAUGAUCUUGCAAGACCUGAUCUGUUUAUAUACCAUAGCAAGUGGAGACUGAAGAAUCACCUGGAUAAAGAAGAACGGAUCAAACAGAAUCAUCACGUAUAAAAGUCAAAUGUACAUAUGUAAAAAAAAGAAGUAAACUGUGAAUUUUUCAUUAAUUGUUGUUUAUUUGUUUUCAUGCAUCAAGGCACAACACAAAGUUCUCGUUAAAAAUGCAGAGAAAAAUAAAAAAUACUGUAUGCAGA